UUCCCGGCAGGAAGGACCGCGGCUCCCCGGCCUCCAGGACCCGCAGGACGGAAGCGUUUCCCCGGGAAGACCCCCGGCCGAGCGGCAGCAUGAGGCGGAGCGAGCCGGGGCCGGACCGCGGCUAGCGGCUAGCUCCCGGAGGGUCGGAGGGUCGGCGGCCGGAGGAGGAGACACUUUCCCCGCUUUGGAAACUCUUCUUCUCUCGGUUCCUGUCCCGGUUCUUGUCCCGGUUCUUAUCCCGGUUCUUCUCCCGGUUCUUGUCCCGGUUCUUCUCUUCACUUUUGGGAGAUUCUGCCCGACACCAACUCGCUGUUUCUCGGGCGGACAUGGAGCCGGACUCGGUGGCGGGCGACGUGGAGCCUGUGCCCGGCGGACGGAGCCUCCUGGACCCGCUGGCGGACCGGAUCCUGGUGGACCGGAUCCUGGUGGACCGGAUCCUGGCGGACACGGUGUCCCAGCAGCAGGGCUGGCUCCGGGUCUACGACGUUAAAGGCCCCCCCGCCCAUCGCUUCUCCUGUGGUCAGAGUCCCUACACGGACAGUGGCGCCUGGGAGAGGAAGUUCUGCAUCCUGACAGACAGCCAGCUCCUCCUGCUCAACAAGGAUGACGAGGCCACAGGUGAAGCUCAGGAGAGCCCCACGGACUCAGCGAAGGGGCGGAGCCUCCGCAGGACGGUCAGCGUCCCCUCGGAGGGACAGUUCCCCGAGUUCCAGGCAGAGAGCCCCCCCGUGACAGAGGUGUCUUCGGAGCGAUCUCCGAGGAGGAGGAGCAUCUCCGGCCCGGGGAGCUCAGAGAAGACCGUCGCCGUGGACAAUCCAAACUCCUCCCCUUUUAAAGUGCCGGGUUUCUUCAGUAAACGUCUGAAAGGUUCCAUCAAGAGGACGAAGAGUCAGACCAAACUGGACCGGAACUCCAGCUUCAAGCUGCCGUCGCUGAGGCUCACUGAGCCCGACAGGUCUCGCGGGCUGCCCCGGCUGAAGGAGGCGUCCUCCCACGAGUCUCUGCUGAGCCCCGGCAGCGCGGUGGAGGCUCUGGACCUCAGCAUGGAGGAGGACGUGGUCAUCAAGCCUCUGCACCAAAGCAUUCUGGGACAGGACUUCUGCUUCGAGGUGACCUACUCGGGCGGCAGUAAGUGUUUCAGCUGCACUUCGGCCUCAGAGAGAGACAAGUGGAUGGAAAACCUUCGGAGGACGAUUCAGCCGAACAAGGACAACUGUCGCCGGGCAGAGAACCUUCUGCGUCUGUGGAUCAUCGAAGCCAAAGACCUCCCCCCCAAGAAGAAGUAUUUCUGCGAGCUGUGUCUGGACGACGUGCUGUACGCCCGCACCACCAGCCAGCCGCGGCACGACAGCCUCUUCUGGGGCGAGCACUUCCACUUCUCCGGCGUGCCGGCGGUGCACAGCCUCACGGUGCACAUCUACCGCGACCCGGACAAGAAGAAGAAGAAGGACAAGAACAACUACGUGGGCCUGGUCAACAUCCCGGUGGCGGGCGUGACGGGUCGGCAGUUUGUGGAGAAGUGGUACCCGGUGAGCACGCCCACCACCAGCAAGGCCAAAGGGGGCGGGCCUUCCAUCCGCAUCAAGUCCCGCUUCCAGAGCAUCAACAUCCUGCCCAUGGAGCAGUACAAGGAGUUCGCCGAGUUCAUCACCAACAACUACACCAUGCUGUGCUCGGUGCUGGAGCCGGUCAUCAGCGUGAAGAACAAGGAGGAGAUGGCCUGCGCCCUGGUCCACAUCCUGCAGAGCACCGGGAGGGCAAAGGACUUCCUGACCGACCUGGUGAUGGCCGAGGUCGACCGCUGCGCCGACCACGACGUGCUGAUCUUCAGGGAGAACACGCUGGCCACCAAGGCCAUCGAGGAGUUCCUGAAGCUGGUGGGACAGAAGUACCUGCACGACGCACUGGGCGAGUUCAUCAAAGCUCUGUACGAGUCGGAUGAGAACUGUGAGGUGGACUCCAGCCGCUGCUCGGGCGGCGACCUGACGGAGCAUCAGAGCAACCUGAAGAUGUGCUGCGAGCUGGCGUUCUGCAAGAUCAUCAACUCGUACUGCGUGUUUCCUCGGGAGCUGAAGGAAGUCUUUGCUUCCUGGAAGCAGCAGUGCGUGGCCCGCGGCCUCACGCCGGACAUCAGCAAGCGUCUGAUCAGCGCCUCGCUGUUCCUGCGCUUCCUCUGCCCGGCCAUCAUGGCGCCCUCGCUCUUCAACCUGAUGCAGGAGUACCCAGACCACCGCACCUCCCGCACGCUCACGCUCAUCGCCAAGGUCAUCCAGAACCUCGCCAACUUCACCAAGUUUGGCAACAAAGAGGAGUACAUGGCGUUCAUGAACGACUUCCUGGAGCACGAGUGGGGGGGGAUGAUGCGUUUCCUGUCGGAGAUCUCGAACCCGGAGACGCUGUCCAACACGCCGGGCUUCGAAGGCGUCAUCGACCUCGGCCGCGAGCUGUCGGUGCUGCACGCUCUGCUGUGGGAGGUGGUGUCCCAACUCGACAAGGCCACCGUAGCGAAGCUGGGCCCGCUGCCGAGGAUUCUGGGAGAUAUCUCUCGCUGCCUCGCCGCUCCGACGCCGGUGCAGCAGCAGCUGCGACGUUUCCAGGACCAUAGCUCCGCCCACAACCUCAGCGGCAGCCUGUCGUCAGGGUUACACCGAAUCUUUGAGGACCCGGCCAACAGUCACUGUGAGGUCCGCAGCCUUCAGGCUCCGCCCACUGACCUGAUGGACGCUCAUGUUAGAGGACAGCGCCCCCUGCUGGCUCCUCCCCUCCACAGCAGCGUCUCUCUGGUCGACCUGCAGGAGGCUCAGUGCCCCCCCGCCGGGCCCCCCCCACACCACGAGGCCCCGCCCCGCCUCAGCAGGGUCGGCUCCCAGGCCUCCAUCGGCCCGCCCCCCCACACCUACCCCCACUCCAACCCCCACACCCCCCAGCCCAGAGCGGCGGCCCGGGACGGCCCCCCCCAGAGCGCUCCGCAGGCGCGGCGGCCGCUGCCCCCCCCCCUCAGCACGCCGCGCGGCCUGCAGCCGCUGAGCUUCCAGAACCCGGUCUACCACCUCAGUAACCCCGCCCACAGCCUGGCCACAGGCUCCGCCCACUCGCUGCAGCAGGACUCCAGCUCGGAGAACCUCAGCAGCGAGAGCUCGCUCGCCAGCCGCGACUCGGAGGCGUGCGGCAGCCAGCUGGGGGUCAAAGGUCGCGUGGCGUCCACCAGCAGCCUGGACGAGCUCGGCAGCCGGCGCAGCACGCGGAGCGAGGAGUGCUCCACGCCGCGGCGCCCGGCGCUGCCCGACCUGCCGCCCGGCGCCGCCACAGCGGUCGCCAUCCCUCGGCAGAGCACGACGGCGGGCACCGCCCACAUCGUCAAGGUGGAACAGCAGAGCAGGGGAGGGGGCGGGGCCAGGACGCCACGCUCUCUGCCACACAGCGCCUCGCUACGGAGCAGCAGCAGCGCCAACACGGAGCCGACGCCCACCCACGUCACCCGGCAACAGCCAACCUGCUCUGUGGAGAACAUGGCUCCGCCCCCAAAGAGCACCCCCACCAAACCGCCACAGGUGGCGUCUCCCGUGGACGCCGUGGCGUUGGCGAUGUCUCCAGUGGAGAGGACGGCGGCCUGGGUCCUCAACAACGGCCAGUACGACGAGGAGGAGGAGGGAGGAGGGGCGGGGCGGAGCAGAGAGGAGGGGCGGAGCAACGAGAAGUACGAGCUGGAGAUCUCGCGGCUGAAGGAGCGCCUGCGCGGCUCCGGCCGGCGCCUGGAGGAGUACGAGCGGCGGCUGCUGGCUCAGGAGACGCAGAUGAAGACGCUGCUGCAGGAGAACCAGCGCCGCCUGGAGGCCGGGGAGGAGAAGCUGCGGAGGCAGCAGGAGGAGAAGGAGGAGCAGAUGAAGAGCAUCAUCUGCAGGCUCAUGGCGGUGGAGGAGGAGCUACAGCGUGACCACGCGGAGAUGCAGGCCGUGAUCGAAGCUAAACAGAAAAUCAUCGACGCUCAGGAGAAGAGGAUCGGGUCCCUGGACGCAGCGAACUCCCGGCUGAUGUUGGCGCUGACGCAGGUGAAGGCGCGGUACAGCCCCCCCGACCUGCACAACGGCCUGUCGCCUAGCAACCCCACCAAACUGUCCAUCACUGAGAACGGAGAGUUCAGGAACAGCAGCUGCUGAUUGGUCCACAGGUGAAGGGGGUGGGUGGGACUCAAAGCCCUGACUCCGCCCACCUCACCUCCAUCAGCAGCUCUGCGGGCGAUCGAACGAGAGAGAGAGAGAAUCCGUAAAUAAGAGUGUAAAUACUGAAGCAUUGAUAAGUUCAGACUGUUUGUGCGCAGCGUUCCAGAAGCUCGAAGCUAAAGAUACUCAAGUUUUUCUAAGACUUUUUUAUGGUUUUUAUUUGAAUCUUGUUUUUGUUUAACUUUCAUUUCUCUGACGAGUUGUUUUCACUUUUUAUUUAUUCGUCCUGUUGCUACUGAACCGACACCUGCACGAUCAGGUCAAAGGUCACACCGUCUGCUGUCACAUGUUGAAUAAAAGAUCCCUGAAAA